CGUGGCUCUGUCUGCUCCAUGUGGGAGCGUGUUGUUCUGUCAUAUUUUCCAACCGAGGGAUCUGCGCAUACGCGAGCGUGGCCACGCGAUCGUCUAGCUCAUUCACGUCGGCGGUGUCACUGAGCAGAACGGAGAUCCCUAUUGAUAUAUCUGUAUGGACAUUACAGAGAAUACAUUGUGUGAUGCAUUCCAACGCUACUUUUUCUGCUGCAGGCAGAUUGGUUCUUUGCCAUGGCAGGACCUGGCACAGCAGCAACCAUCUUUGAUAUUGAAAAUUUUAGAAAAGACUGUUAAUCAUCCAUUAUGCCGAUCGUACCCUCCUUCUUUGCAGUACAGAAGAUUGUUCUUGUUGGAGUUGAUCAAAAAGCAUGAAAGUACUGAAGCAGAACCUCAAGAUGAAUUAUACAAUGCACUUGCUGACGUCUUAAACACAGAACAAACUACAAAGUGCCACAAAAGUUACUUUCUGCCGUCAGGGGGCACUGUGACACUAUGUGAAAGCACAGCAAUAAUCUCAGAAGGGACUACAGGUUUAGUGACAUGGGACGCAGCUCUCUUCUUAGCAGAAUGGGCUAUUGAAAAUGUUGAUAUCUUCAGAAAUCGAACUGUAUUAGAGCUUGGAAGUGGAAUUGGACUGACAGGACUGGUUAUAUGCAAGAGCUGUUUUCCUAAGAAAUACAUGUUCAGCGAUUGUCACCAGAAGGUGCUUUCGAAGCUUAGAGAAAAUAUUCACUUGAAUGGCUUUGUGCUUACUGAUGAAGAUGAUUACACAAAAACUCCUGAAAGAGUAAAAGAUUCAGAUACUGUUCAGAUGUCAGUUUUAGAACUGGAUUGGGAGUCCAUUAAAGAACAACAGCUUUCACACAUUGAUGCUGAUGUGAUAAUUGCAGCAGAUGUUGUAUACGACCCUGAUGUAAUAACAUCAUUCUCAAACAUCCUGUGCAAACUUCUGCUCUGUAAAAAAGUUGAAAAGCGGUUGCAUAUCUUUGUAGCUUCUACAGUUCGCAACUCAGAAACCUACAAACUGUUUCAGACAAAACUAGAUGAGGCUGGACUGAAGUGGCAAAUUGUUGCUAAUCAUAAAAAAAAUAUUUUUGUAUAUGAUGCAAAUUGCACUAUACAUAUUCUUCGGGUUUCAAUAUAAAUGUAAAUAUUUUAAAAUAUUGGUGUUUUUGUACAUAUUUUUUACAUUUAUGUUUUAGUAUUAAAAAUACCAUUUAAGUCUUU